CAUACAUCAAAGCUAAAGAUAAAUAGUUUUUUCGACCGUUCAAAGCCGUUUGAUCAGAAUCUGAUCAUGGACAAGGUGAUGAGAAUGUCAUCAGAGAAAGGAGUUGUAAUCUUCACCAAAAACUCAUGUUGUCUUUGUUACGCCGUACAGGUCCUUUUCCGCGACCUAAGGGUUCAGCCAACAAUCCACGAGAUUGACAACGAUCCUGACUGCCGCGAGAUCGAGAAGGCCUUAGUCCGUCUUGGCUGCGCCAACGCGGUUCCUGCUGUUUUUGUUAGUGGUAAGCUGGUGGGUUCGACCAACGAUGUUAUGUCGCUUCACCUAAGUGGAUCUCUCGUUCCCUUGAUCAAGCCGUAUCAGUAGUUUCAUGCAUAACUAGAAAAUGAAUCGCGAUCCUUACGAAAAGAUAAUUGGUGCGAAAGAUAACACGUAAAUGUGUAUCAUGUCAUUAUAUAUAAUCUAUAACUAAUGUUUAUGUUUUUUUUAAUGUUUUGUUUAGCCUCCUCAUGUCUAAAAAAUUAAUUAGCUAGCAUUUGUAUUUCCAGCUUAAUUAAUCAGUGGAUGUACUGAUGUGUAUCUAUUGUUAUGGAUAAAAUUAUUUAUUAUAUGUUAUAUUUUCUUUCA